AUGCCCCUUGUAACGCUUGGAGCCGUACAAGCCGAACCAAUCUAUCUUGAUCUCGACGCGUCCGUCACAAAAACCAUCUCUUUUAUUGCUGAGGCCGCGGCGAAGGGGGUUCAGGUAUUGGGGUUUCCGGAGGUGUGGGUUGGUGGGUAUCCUUGGCCAAUAUGGACUCAAAACGCAUACACGUCCUUCGACUUCACGGUGGAAUACCGCGCUACGUCGCUAACGCGCACAUCGUCGCAGAUGCAGCGUAUCCAGGACGCAUGCGCGGAACAUAAAAUCUUCGUUGUAUUAGGAUAUAGCGAGAAGGAAGGCGGGAGUAUUUAUAUGUCUCAGGCCUUCAUAUCCCCAACCGGCACCAUCCUCCACAACCGCCGAAAGAUCAAACCCACACAUGUCGAACGAACCCUCUGGGGCGAAGGCCAGUCGUCAUCCCUCACGUCUGUCGUGUCCACGGAACUCGGCAAAAUCGGGGCCUUGAAUUGUUGGGAAAACCUGCAGCCGCUCCUACGCUACUAUGAGUAUUCCCAGGGAGCGCAGAUCCAUGUGGCCGGAUGGCCCGCAUUUCCGUGGAAGAGCGAGAAUGUGGGAUUCCCGUAUCUGUAUAACUGUUCGGGGGAGGCAAAUUAUCGACUCAGUCAGGUUGUGGCGAUGGAGGGGCAGAUGUUUGUGAUUUGUGCGACGCAGGUGGUGAAGAGGGAGAGGUUUGGGGUCUUGGGGUUGGAAGGGAUGGGGCUGUUUCGAGAGGAUGACGGAGGCUUUGCGAUGAUCUUCGGGCCGGAUGGAACGCCGCUGGUUGAGAGGCUGCCGGCCGGCGAAGAAGGAAUCCUGACGGCACAGGUCGAUCUGGAUGAUAUCCUAGCGGCCAAGAGUGUUUGUGAUCCCGUCGGACACUAUUCGAGGCCGGACCUUCUGAGUCUGAAUGUGAAUUUGGAGGAGGCUAAGGUGGUACAUGAGAAGUCAUGA